CCGGGUUGUAAACAAAGAAGUUAUUUUACUUUCAACGCUGCGAACAAAUGCACUGAGCAGCGCUUUCAAUGGAAAUCACCCUUAACAGACGAAACAAUAGUGGAUUCAGGCUGUAGCGAAGCAAAGUAAUGCAACAUCAAGCUUACCAACCCGUUCUGCCCUGUGUUAAUAAAUAUCUGCAAUACAGAUGGGACAAAAACUGCUAUGAGAUGCACAGGAACAAGGUUAAAUCCGCAAAACCAACUAUCAACACAACUCCACCGAAAACCUAUAACCAUAUUCUCGUCAAGCUGAAGACAAAACAGCUUGAAGAAGAACGGGUUUCAAGAAUCAAAAGAGAAAAUCACAUGCUCCUAGAUAAAAUGUCCCAUAUAAUGCAGACCAGCGGAGGAGUUGACUGCAAAAAUGACUAUUUGAAGAAAAGUCUUGGCUCAGAAAAAAGACAGCUGGAGCUGCUUCGCAUCACUAAAGAGAAUCAAUGUAUCCUUCAACGUCUGUCCACCUGUAGGCCCCGUUACAGCGUUCAGGUGUGGCAAGAGCAAUGGCUCAAAAACCUGCAGCUCAUGGAGAACAUAGGGAGAUAUCCGCGUCUGUACACAGCACAGGGAUCCUCCUUGCCACCAAUAUCUGCAGACAGACAAGGGAACGUAGAGAACAAGAAAACUGGAAUAAAUAAGCACGAAGGGUCUGCUGACAUAAGAAAAGAGAAGAAGGAAUGUGAUGAAAAGCCAACAUCUGAACACAAAGUUACUUCAUCUGAAGAUGAAGCCUAAUUUGUGGAAGACAGGGUGUAAAUCUUAACGGUUAAAUAAAUUGUUUUCUAUAUGUCUGGGAAAAUAGAAAUAUCCUUAUUAAAUGAAAUGAUUCCACUGCUGUGGUCAAGAUGAAUCAUAACCGCUAGGGGUCACUUUAUAGCAUGUACAACUAAUUUAAUUUUUUGGCAUUAUGUUUUUAUUUAUUUUUGAUUCUAUUUCUUAUUGUAUUGUAAUUUUGUUUUUUAUUCUUAAUUUGUGCAAUAUACACAUCCCCUGUACACGUUCUAAAUCUAGAUGAAAGCAUUAAAUCAAUUAUGUCUGUCAUACUGCCAGUCGAAGUUUUAAUGUUUUUUUUUAAAGAAUUUUUUUCUGCUCACCAAGCCUAUAUUUAUUUGAUCCAAAAUACAGCAGAAGCAGUAAUAUUGUGAAAUAUUUUUACUAUUUUAAAUAACUGCUUUCUAUUUUAAAUUGUAAUUUAUUCCUGUGAUCAAAGCUACAUUUUCAGCAUCAUUACUUCAGUCUUCAGUGUCACAUGAUCCUUCUGAAAUCAUUCUGAUAUGCUGUUUUGCUGUUCAAGAAACAUUUUUUUAUUAUUUUUAUUUUCAGUUGAGUGAAUUUUUUUCAUCUUUGAUGAAUAGAAAGAUCCAAAGCUCAGCUUUUAUCUGAAAUAAAAAGCUUUUAUAACACUAUACACUAUACCAUUCAAAAGCUUGGAGUCAGUAUAUAUAUAUUUUUAAAGAAAUGAUAGAAAUUAAUACUUUCAUUUAGCAAGGAUGCUUUAAAUGUAUCAAAAAUUAUGAUAUAUACAUUUAUAAUGUUACAAAAGAUCUGUUCAUCAAAGAAACCUGAAAAAAUUCUACUCAGCUAUUUUCAACAUAAUAAUAAUAAACUAUUUUUAAAGCAACAAAUCAAAAUAUUAGAAUCACAGGAAUAAAUUGUAUUUAAAAAUAUAUAUUUUUAAAAUUGUAUAUUCUAUAUUUUAAAAUUGUAUAUUUUAAAAUAGAUUCAAAUAGAAAAGUUAUUUUAAAUAGUAAACAUAUUUCUAAGUUUUACUCUUUUUGGUGUAUUUUUUCGAUCACAUAAAUGCAGACUUGGUAAGCAGAAGAGAAAAAAAACAUUAGAAAUCUUACUGUUCAAAAACUUUUGACUGGUAGUGUAACCAGAUAUGACCAUAUGACUGCAAUUUUAGGCAUUUUACCUACAUAUUCUCUCUAUUUAACGUUAAAAAUGAUAGUUUAUGCACUCUUAAACUGCAGAAGCUUAUUUAAAAUAUAUUAAAUAUUAUAAUAAAUA